GGCCCAUGAAGAGGAAACAUUUGAGUAAAUAACUGAAUGUGAUAAGGGAAGGAGUCCAGACAUUCUAUGGAGUUCAGAGUGAUCCAUUUUGGUGUCUUCUGACACUUUUCAUUACCCCAGGACUCUGGAGAAAAUAGGCAGUCACAGAGGAGCAGAUAUUUGUGGAACUUCCAAGCUGCUCUAACAGACUGAGACUAUGGUAAGUUGGAUGCAGGCACAGACUUCCCAUUUGAAGGUCUUGUCUCUGUUGAAACAGGUGCUGAGAACUGGGCAACACAGAGGAUAUGUUACCUCUACCCCAUAGCUGUUUUCUUGUGUCCUGGCCCUAGGAGGAGGCUGUGUUGGGAGUUGGGGAUUAAAGUUCCAGCCUCUUCACUCCUGGAUUUCUCCUUCUCCUCUUUGCCAUCUGGUGACAAGAGGAAUUAAAAUCUGAGAGCUAGAAAUUGUUAAUUGGGAAUUGCCCAGACUCUGCCUGUGUGUGGGAGACACAUUCACUUAGAUAAGAGGUGGGGAUGGUUUUCAUUAUAAAACUAAGGAAGAAGAAGUAGGUAAUCCACUUAAGGGAGCCAAUACCCCAGAAGUCAGGGAAAGAUUCAAUAUUUUUUCUUAAAAUGGCUCUUUCCAUGUGACAAUGUCCUGGAUAGACCUCGCUUUCCAACAUCACCCCCCUAAAUGGUAAAUGUAACUCAGGUGAAAACUUUUAAAUGAACAUAAUGCAAAUAGGGCCUAUGUUUAGAGGAUACAGAAGACAAAAGUAACCAUGCCUGUGUGGAUUGGCUACAAAUGCUUUCUUAUAAUUGUUUAGAUGCAUUAGGAUUUGCAAAUGGAGAUAUAAUAGGCAGAAAAGACAAGUUAGCUCCAUCCAAGAUGAUAGAAGCAUUGGUGUAAAUGAACAGGUUGUGAUCAUGGCAGUAGACAGGUGGCCAAUGAGAGCAGAGUUGGAGGCAGGAUGUCCAGUGUAUUGAGAGAGUGCAUGCCAGGGUGGGCGGGUUUCCGUGUUUAUCACUUGGUAUUCAUGACUGGAUUUCAUCAUCUUGAACAUAAACAUUUAUCUUCAGAAGAUAUAUAUUCAUAAAGCAUUUGACAUCAACCUUGUGUAGAAAAUAGUAGAGUCAGGUUAUGGAGUUGAGGAGCAGGAGAGGAAAGUCUUUUCAACCGGAAAUGUCUUUAAUCAUUUUUAGGAUGAGAAGCAGUGUUCUCUCUCUUUUGCUCUCUGGAUUUCACAAGGAGCAAGGGCUUAGAACUAAAUGUUGAUGAAUUACUCUAGUGCCACUGAAUUUUAUCUCCUUGGCUUCCCUGGCUCUGAAGAACUACAUCAUAUCCUUUUUGCUAUAUUCUUUUUCUACUUGGUGACAUUAACGGGAAACAUGGUCAUCAUCGUGAUUGUCUGUGUGGAUAAACGUCUGCAGUCUCCCAUGUAUUUCUUCCUUGGCCACCUCUCUGUCCUGGAGAUUCUGGUCACAACCAUAAUCAUCCCUGUGAUGCUUUGGGGAUUGCUGCUGCCUGGAAUGCAGGCAAUAUCUUUGUCUGCCUGUGUUGUCCAGCUCUUCUUGUACCUUGCUGUGGGGACAACAGAGUUUGCAUUACUUGGAGCAAUGGCUGUGGACCGCUAUGUGGCUGUGUGUAACCCUUUGAGGUACAACAUCUUUGUGAACAGACCCACCUGCAACAUUGUGGUUCUUGUGUCAUGGGUUUUUGGGUUCCUUUUUCAAAUCUGGCCAGUCUGUGCCACGUUUCAGCUUACUUACUGCAAAUCAAACGUGGUGAACAAUUUUUUCUGUGACCGAGGGCAAUUGCUCAAACUAUCCUGCAAUAAUACUCUUUCAGAGUUUAUCCUCUUCUUAAUGGCUGUUUUUGUUCUGUUUGGUUCUUUGAUCCCUACAAUUGUCUCCUACACCUACAUCAUCUCCACCAUCCUCAAGAUCCCGUCAGCCUCUGGCUGGAGGAAAGCCUUCUCCACCUGUGCCUCCCACUUCACCUGUGUUGUGAUCAGCUACGGCAGCUGCUUGUUUCUCUAUGUGAAACCCAAGCAAACACAGGCAGCUGAUUACACGGUCGUUUCCCUGAUGGUUUCAGUAGUAACUCCUUUCCUCAAUCCUUUUAUCUUCACCCUCCGGAAUGAUAAAGUCAUAGAGGUCCUUCGUGAUAGGGUGAAACACUGCUGUCAACUAUUCAGGAAUUACCCCUGCUCUGAGGCAUUUUAUAUGGUAAAGCACUUAGUAGAGAUUCUCAAAUAAUCUAAAAAAAACUUGCUAAUCUUUGAGCUGCGUCAUAAUUAUUACCAUUACCAAAUAAUUUGGGUGCAACAGGAGACUUUUAAAUUACAGCUUCAGUUUUUAAAUAUGGUUAGUUGUUACUUGACAUUCACUUUAUUAUUUUAAAGACAUGCCUGGCUAUCUAUCCAUCAUCUGCCUUUCUUAAGAUAUGAUGAUUUCACAAUUAGACUUUGAAAAAAAUGAAUGUCAGAGAUAGAAUAUCUACAUAGUCUAGAAAGGAGACUUGUGGUUGCUUAGGGCUGAGGGGAAUGCAGACAUGGGAUAGCGAUAGCUAAGGGGUGCAGGCUUUCUUUUUGAGGUGAUGGUUGUAAAUAUCUAUGAAUAUACCAAAAACCACUGAACUGUACAUUUUCAAUGAAUUAAUUUUAUGGGAUGUGAAUUAUAUUUCAAUAAAGCUAUUGAAAAUAGUACAUUAGAUGUUGAAGAAGUAUUAUGAAGAAAAGUGAAACAGGAAUGAAAGGGAAUAUAUCUUGGGGGAGUGCUGAAAUUUCAAGUAAGGUUUUCAGGGAGGGAUUGAGAGAGGUAAGGUGGUGAUACAUUUGGAAACCUGUUAAAGAACAUUCCAGGCAUAGUGAGUAAUAAGUGGGAGAUCCUAGGGAAGGCAUAGCAAAGACGCUGAGAUGGAGUGUGCAAGGGAGAAAGUAACAGCAAGUGCAAUCACAGCCCUCAUUGGAAAGUAGACCAUGUAGAGCCUUGUGAGACCAUUUUAAAGACGUUUUCUCUUUCCAGAAGCACAUUGGAAAACCAUCACAGGGGCUGAAGAAGAGUGACGGAAUCUGUGUAAUCUUGUAACAAGAUCAUCCUGGUUGCUGGAUGGACAAUAUGCCCAAGGACAAUAAAGGGAGUUGGAGGGAGGCCAGAUGGAGAUUGCAUCAGUUAGAUUUUGCUAUAAAGGAGAUAACCAGAAAACUCCAGUGGUACACAGCUACAAGCUCUUAUUUUCAUGCUUUUCUUUCUUUUUUUGAGAAGGAGUUUCACUCUUGUUACCCAGGCUGGAGUGCAAUGGCGCAAUCUCGGCUCACCACAACCUCUGCCUCCUGGGUUCAAGCAAUUCUCCUGCCUCAGUCUCCCGAGUUUAUUUUCAUGCUUAAAGUUUCGGCUCAUAUAGGGUGGCUCAGCUGACCUCAGGUGGAUUUGUUUAUGAGUCUAAGGGUUGGAUGGGGGUUGGCUGACCUAGGCUGGGCCACAUUUGAAGUCAUGAAAAGUGUGCCUUUGAUCUCCAUGUGGCUUGGCCACAACAUUUUUAAAGUGCCUUUCUCUGACUUGGACAUAUUUUUAUUCCCAUAUUAUAAAUAAGUAAACAAGUUCUGAAAAAUUAAGUGGCUUGCCUACAUUAAGCUUAGCAAAUUGAAAAGCUACUUCUUGGCUGAAGAUCUCAACUUCAAAUCCUCCACAAAAUGUUUCUCCUAAUGUCUAAUGCCAUUAAGAUACAUAGAGGAAUGUUAUUUAAUAUGUGCAAGAAUUUUUUGAGGUAGGCAUUACUACUCUAUUUUAUCAGUAAGGAAACUAAGACAAAGAAAGGGUAAGAACACUGUAAGGAUUCACACAGCAUAUUAGAAGCAAAGUCAAAACUCAAAUUCAAUGGUUUGCUAAAUUUUCAUUGCUUUUUUUUUUUUUUUAAAGCAUGCCACUGCUGUCUAAUAAAAAUCACAUUUACCUAAGCUUCCAAGGAUCCAGCAACUCCGCCAAUGAUGAACUUAAACCAACUUAAACCAAAGCCCGCAUAUUUCCAAUCUACUCCCCACCCUCACCCCAGGCCACUGGUCUCCUUUUAGAACCUGCACAGAAGUCUCUCCUUUCUUGGGGAAAUUUAAGCUGUCUACUACAGAAAUCACUAGAUGUCCACAUUUCCUGACCUUAAAAGUUCGCAGUUCUUCUGUCAUGAAAUAGGAAGUGAAGCAACUAUAGUUCUCUCUUCUCAAAACAGAAGGAUUAGGAUUUCCGUUCUGUUGUUUGAGUCCUGUGGCUUCCUUUGGCUAGAGGGCUGUUGAUUCUUUUCUCCACCUAGACUCAGCCUUUCUUCCCUUCUUAU